AUGAGACUGAGACAGAGGGUGAGGGAGAAAGAGACAGAAAAGAGAAAUAAAGAGAAUGAGAGAGGCAGAGAGAAAGAGAGGAAGAGGCAGAAAGAGGAAAGCGCGAAAAGGGACAGGCACAAUCAGGGCAAGCUUGAAGAUGCUGGCAACCGACUGGUAUUCAGCGAUGGGGAUGUGUGGACUAGGCAGCUUCCAAUUCACGUGUCACAGGCAGAGAAAUCACUGGAAGCAGCGCCAUGUUCGGGUUCAAGCCCGCCAGCUGAUUUACCAAAGGAUGCUAGCAUAGUGGAUGGUGACAUCGACAUAGAAACACUGGAAUGGAAGCUUCAGAACGAGGAGGAGAUGUUAUUAAGCGAGGAGAAGAUCGUGACUGCAGUAGCAGAAGUUCUCUUCAAGGCAGUUGCCCAGCACGACACAGAGCGAGUGCGAGAAGGCUUGAAGCAGGCAGCCCUUUUGGGUGAAGAAGCAGUCAAAAGCCUACUGUCCAGAAGGGACGAGCAAGGGGACACCAUGCUGCAUUUGGCUUUCGCGGGCUCCAGGCAAUGCGCUGAUAGAUCUGCCGCUUCAUAUGCGGAAAUUGUAAGCGUUCUUCUCUCAGCACGGGCUGAUGUGAAUGCCCACAACCAUCAUGGGGCGACGGUCCGACAGUUAGCUGAAAGCACACCAUCACAGAAGGAGGCAAGAAAGGCCCAGGAUGUCAAGUGUCUGUCCUUUGCUGAUCCUGGAAGCGCAGAGGGGUUGCACAAGGAGGUGAUGGGCACCAAAGAGACAGCACAGUCCAAAGAGCACCAGAGGAUCACAGAGAAAGCCACAAGUGUGCCGGUCUGCCUCAAAUCGGAUAACCAUGGUCUUCCAGUUAUUUCUGCUGGUAGCGAUGGAACCUCCACUCAUCUAACACAGUCUUCAUCACUGGCAAGUCUGACUUCGCCCGACAAACGGCACGAUGGGAAGUCAGGGGAGGACUUCAUCCAUCAGAGCUUUCUUGGCUAG